CCAUCAGAGGCUAUGGAUUGGAACAUUUCAUCACUGGGAGUCAAAGAAUACCAGAGGAAUUCAUCUCAGAUCCAACCACUCAAGAAAGAUCCAUCAACCCAGCUUUUCUCUUAUGGAUGAGGCAAGAUCAGCUCUUGGCCUCUUGGUUAUUAUCCUCGGUUACAGAAAGUGUACUAGUUACCACCGUGGGUCUAACAACAUCCAAAGAAAUAUGGGAAUGUCUUGAAUCUACCUUUGCCAGCCAAAGCCAUGCCAAGAUCUUGCAGUACAGGCUCCAACUUCAAACCAUCAAGAAAGAAGGCUCCUCCAUGAAGGAUUAUCUCAACAAGAUCAAGACUUGCUGUGACUUGUUGGGUUCAGCAGGUGAAAAAGUUCAAGACAGAGAUCAUAUGCUAUAUAUUUUAGCAGGCCUUCCUCAAGAAUAUAAUCCAGUCCUAGUCUCCUUGUCUACAAAAUAUCCACCUUGCACUGUCAUGGAAGCUUAUUCGGUUUUGCUGAGCUUUGAGGCUAGACUUGAAGGAUCUGAAAGCCAAAACAGUGCUAACAAUGAGCAAGGCAACUUUUCUGUGAAUGUUGUAACUCAAGGUCAAGGAAACCGUGGAGGUUUUAGAGGAAGAGGAAGAGGUGCCUUUCAGAAUCAAAGGGGUAGAGGAAGAUUUGGUUCCAGAAGUAGAGGAAGAGGCUUUGAUAAUGGCAAGCAAAGAUGCCAAAUAUGCCAUUAUACUAACCACACUGCAGAAAGAUGCUACUACAGAGCUGACCUCACUUUCACUCCAAGGGACAGAAGCAACUACAACAACCACAGUUCAAAUCAGUCUCAAGGAAAUGGUCCCAAUGUUAAUGUCACACAGAUGGAAAGUGAUUUUCAAAGUUCAUGUGAUGGGAGCAACUGGUACCCAGACUCAGGAGCAACAAGCCAUGUGACAUAUGAUCUAGCUAAUCUCAACUCUGCAGCAGAAUAUCAAGGUAGAGAGAGGGUUCAAGUUGGUAAUGGAACAGGUUUGAAUAUAUCUCAUUUUGGAAAUUCUGUACUUAAGUCACCAUCUAAUGAUCUUUUCAUCCUAAAAAAUCUUCUCCAUGUCCCUGAAAUCACAAAAAAUCUUAUCAGU